AUGGGCUUCAAAUUGGAUGCUUUCAAUAUGAAGAAUGAAAUGUCUCGAGGAAAGUUUGAUGAGGAGGGAAAUUAUAUUGCCAAAGCUACGGAUCCGCAUGCUGAGCAUGACGAGUGGCUCAAGGGCAACUACAGCAGGGGCGCUAUAGCCAGAGCCAAAGAAGCCCAGGCGAAGCGAAUGGAGGAGCAAGAGGCGUCAGUCGGACCAGGGGGUGGGGAGGAGCAGAUUGGCAAAGACUUGGUGGAUUGUAGGAUGAAGUUGGCGGCAUUUUUGCAAAAGGGCGAGUCGGUGCUCGAAGCGCUGGGCAGAUUGGGCAAGCUAGCCAAAUCAGCCAAAAGGUCCAACACAAAUACCAAAAGAGCAGACAAGGUCUUCGACCCCACCCCCUCCACCUCCGCCACGCAGAACGGCAACGCCUUAGACUCGACCAGCAGCACAGCGCAGGAUAUUGCUCGCAAAGAAGUAGAGAUGAUCUCUUCGCUCUCCAAUGCGCUCAUGGCGCGCUACGGCGUCAUCAACAUUUACGAAGAGACGUACGAAGAGAUGCUGCGGCAUGUCAAAAGGUCGCAAAGGGUCUCGCAAGAUUGGGAUCCCGCGCGCGAUCGAGCUCGAGAUGCACAAGUCUCGAGUAUGGACGUCGCAAACACUUUCGAAAGCUCUCGAUCGGAUUCAGAUCAAUUCAUCUACAAAUGGAGCGCCUCGUAUCUAUCCGAGGUCGAAGGAUCGCACUCGCGAUCCGACGCCAACUCGCACGUCUCCUCGAAAGAGCAAGAGACGUUCGGCCCUUUUACGCUCAAAGAAUUGCGCUCGUGGCAACAAGGCGGUUAUUUCGGUGCUGGUGGAGAACGAAUCGUCUUGCGUCGUGCCGGAAGCGAUAGCGCAGCGAAUGAGGAGCAAGCGUGGAAAAGCUGGUCAGAGAUUGUGGGAUAG